GUGCCUUUAAUAGCUUUAUUAUUUUUGUGAAAAUAAUAAAGCUAUUAAAAGGCACUUUUUAGUCCCACCUGGGCUCCUCUUUGGCAAAAAAAAAAAGUUUUUGCCAGGUAACAGGCAGUUAAGAGCUGGGUGUGUGCACAAAACUUUUUGAAACAUUUGCAGGAAGAGGAGAGCCUCAUUCCACUCCUUCUUCGUUUUCCCACCUGCAGGCGAUCUUUUCUGGGGCAGCCAGCAAGAGUUUGGUUUGGUUUGGGGGAGGGGAUUUCCUUCCACAGGGGAGACUCUCAGCUGCCUCUGGGCUUGUCCUGAGGUCAAAGAUUUCAGAGGGCGGAGAGGGGCCAGGGGAGCCAUCCCUGAAAGCGGGAGGGGGGUUGCUCUUGUGAACACCUGGAACGUUCCAGCAAGUGCCCCCCCCGGGGACAGACGUGGGGGGGAUCUGACGAGUGACGUCUCCGCAAGGAUGGUCUGGCUAGCUCGGGGGCGCAAGAACUCCUUCGCUCCGCGGUGAGGGGAGGGGAGCGGGAGGUGGGUCGUUUCUCUUGCGCUCUGCAGUUGGGCUUCCUCUGCGCGGAGCCGGAGAAGAAGCUGCACUCGCGGGGGACCUGAAGCCAGAGCAGCCCGGGCGGCGCCGGGAGAUUUUCGGCGGGUGAGACUGGAGACCCGGCGCUAAGGUGAGCAGGGCGCGUCCGGCAGGGGUGGAAGGGGCUGGGAGGGGGUCGGGAGGAGGAGGGGCGUGGCUCCGCCCCCCCCCCCGGCUCCCGCUGGACACGUCCAGGGAAGGCGGCUCCAGGAAGGGCCGUUUGGCUGCUGCUUCUGAUUCUCAGGCCUUGACCUCUCCCUCCACUCUCCGGGACUCGAGCGCCCAUAAUCCCCAGCCAGGACAGCUAAAGGAGUCCAAAGAGACCCAGGCGGUUUCCUUCCAGAGCCCGACUGGGGGAAGCGCUGAGUUGAGCUGGGCUCCCCGGUGCCUCUGUAGCCUUUCGAGGUCAGAAGAAGAGAGAUUAAACGGGGGCAUUCAGCAAGGCGCAGCUUUGGGUCCUUGUGAGGCCACCUAUCCGGACCAGCCUCGGAGGCCAGUGCCGGACUUUGGGGAGGUGGGAUUCGCCUCCUUGCGGUGCCUUUCCCGGCGAGAACUGUUCGUUGCAGUCGGGGGCAGAGAUUGAAGAGCUACCGCCGCCGCCGCCACUCAAACGGGCAACGUGGAUUAAGAGAGCUUCCCCCGUGCGCCCCCCCCCCCCACCUCAUAGUCCCGGAGCUGAAGGUGCCAGCCAUGGGCUAGACCACCCGGCCGUGCACGAUGGCUGACCCAAAGAACACCCCCCAGGCUGGCCCCAGUGAGGCCACUGAGGCCCCGGCCGAGGAGUCCUCCCCGCAGGGCGAUGCCUUCCCGCUCUCCUCCCUGGCCAACCUGUUUGAGGGCGAGGAGGGCUCUGGGCCUGGCGAGCCCCCCCGCAGCCCCCCCGGCUCAGGGGACGGCAAGCAGAACCUGCGGAUGAAGUUCCACGGUGCCUUCCGGAAGGGGGUCCCCAACCCCAUGGAGCUGCUGGAGUCCACCAUCUACGAGUCCUCGGUGGUGCCGGGGCCCAAGAAAGCCCCCAUGGACUCCCUCUUCGACUACGGCACCUACCGCCACCUCCCCAGUGACAACAAGCGCAGGCGGAAGAGGGUCCUGGAGAAGAAGCGCCCCAGCACCAAGGGGCCCGCCCCCAACCCCCCACCCAUACUCAAGAUCUUCAACCGGCCCAUCCUCUUCGACAUCGUCUCCCGGGGGUCCCUGGAUGGGCUGGACGGCCUCCUGCCUUUUCUGCUCGGCCACAAGAAGCGACUGACCGACGAGGAGUUCCGAGAGCUCUCCACCGGCAAGACGUGUCUCCCCAAGGCCCUGUUGAACCUCAGUGGUGGCCGGAACGAUACCAUCCCUCUCCUGCUGGACAUUGCCGAGAAAACGGGCAACAUGCGGGAAUUCAUCAACGCUCCUUUCCGAGACGUCUACUACCGAGGCCAGACUGCCCUGCACAUUGCGAUUGAGCGACGGUGCAAGCACUACGUGGAGCUGCUGGUGGAGAAGGGGGCCGACGUGCAUGCCCAGGCACGGGGCCGUUUCUUCCAGCCCAAAGACGAGGGUGGCUACUUCUACUUUGGGGAGCUGCCUCUCUCUCUGGCCGCCUGCACCAACCAGCCCCACAUCGUCCAGUACCUGACGGAGAACGCCCACAAGCAGGCUGACCUCCGGCGGCAGGACUCGCGGGGCAACACGGUGCUCCACGCCUUGGUGGCCAUUGCAGACAACACUCGCGAGAACACCAAGUUCGUCACCAAGAUGUAUGACCUGCUGCUCAUCAAAUGCGCCAAGUUGUUCCCGGACACCAACCUGGAAGCCCUGCUGAACAAUGAUGGCCUCUCGCCCCUCAUGAUGGCGGCUAAGACUGGAAAGAUAGGGGUGAGACAGCCCACCACCCGCCCGGAGGGAAAGGAUGAGGAGGCGCGGCACCUCUCCCGCAAGUUCAGAGACUGGGCCUACGGGCCCGUCUACUCCUCCCUCUACGAUCUGUCCUCCUUGGACACCUGUGGAGAGGAGGUGUCCGUGUUGGAGAUCUUGGUCUACAAUAGCAAGAUUGAGAACCGCCAUGAGAUGCUGGCCGUGGAGCCCAUCAACGAGCUGCUGCGAGACAAGUGGCGCAAAUUUGGGGCUGUCUCCUUCUACAUCAGCGUCGUCUCCUACCUCUGCGCCAUGGUUAUCUUCACCUUGGUGGCCUACUACCGCCCCCUGGAGGGCACACCCCCGUACCCAUAUACAACCACCCCGGACUACCUUCGCCUGGCUGGAGAAAUCGUCACCCUCUUCACAGGAGUCCUCUUUUUCUUCACCAAUAUCAAGGAUCUGUUCAUGAAGAAAUGCCCAGGGGUCAAUUCCUUCUUCAUCGAUGGCUCCUUUCAGUUACUCUACUUCAUCUAUUCCGUCCUGGUCCUGGUUGCAGCUGCUCUCUACCUGGCUGGCAUCGAGGCCUACCUGGCGGUCAUGGUCUUCGCACUGGUGCUGGGCUGGAUGAAUGCCCUCUACUUCACCCGCGGCCUCAAGCUGACAGGCACUUACAGCAUCAUGAUCCAGAAGAUCCUGUUCAAGGACCUUUUCCGCUUCCUCCUGGUUUACGUCCUCUUCAUGAUCGGCUAUGCAUCCGCGCUGGUCUCCCUGCUGAACCCCUGCCCCAGUGCCGAGUCCUGCCGCGGGGACCGCUCCAACUGCACGGCGCCCGCCUACCCCUCCUGCCGGGACAGCAAGACCUUCAGCACCUUCCUGCUGGACCUCUUCAAGCUGACCAUCGGCAUGGGGGACCUGGAGAUGAUCGAGAACGCCAAGUACCCGGGGGUCUUUGUCAUCCUCCUGGUCACCUACAUCAUCCUCACUUUCGUCCUCCUGCUCAACAUGCUGAUUGCCCUCAUGGGGGAGACGGUGGGGCAGGUCUCCAAGGAAAGCAAGAAGAUCUGGAAGCUGCAGUGGGCCACCACCAUCCUGGACAUCGAGCGCUCCUUCCCCGUGUUUGUCCGGAGGGCCUUCCGCUCGGGAGAGAUGGUCACCGUGGGGAAGUCUCUGGAUGGGGCGCCUGACCGGAGGUGGUGCUUCAGAGUGGACGAGGUGAACUGGUCUCACUGGAAUCAGAACCUGGGUAUCAUCAGUGAGGACCCUGGCAAGAACGACACCUACCAGUAUUACGGCUUCUCCCACACUGUGGGGCGUCUGCGCAGAGAUCGCUGGUCAACGGUGGUGCCUCGUGUGGUGGAGCUGAACAAGACUUCUCAGCCGGACGAGGUGGUGGUGCCCCUGGACAGCAUGUGCUCGGCGGGAGCAAAAGCGCACAAGCCCAGCUACCCUCACAGCUGGAGGAAGGAAGACGCUCAGAUCUAAGGGCCAAGCAACCUCCGUACUCCGGGACAGCCUUUGUGGCCUCACGGGACCCCCUCGAACGGGGAACUUGAUGGAGCCCCCUACUGUGUCCCACAGCUGGAAAGCUCAGCCAGCCUUCCACGAACCUGACUUUGAACGGGACAAGAGAGGUCCCGCCUCUCGCAUUUUAAACAAAACGUGGCUUUUAAAAACAGUCCUAUAAAGAGAAACUGGAAACCUGGUUUUAGGUUGCCACACUGCAUCCCAAGGGCAACACUGGCCAGAAGUUGAGCUAGCUCAGGAUCUGAGAAUUUUGUCCUUACCGGAGGCUCCAAAUGCUGAGCUUGAAUGCCGGAGGAUCCCACAAGGGCCUUUCCAGAGUGGCUCCUUUGAAGGGGCCACGUGCCCCGUUUUGUGUGAAUUUCCUACAGGCCGAAAACACGCAGGCAGGCUCGCCUGGGGAUUGUGAGUCUCCUCUGAUAGUAUUAUUUUGCACAAGGUUUUAUUGAAUUAUUUAUUUAGUAAUAAAAUCCAAAGCAUCUC